AUGGGAAACACGAGCUUCCUCGUCUCCCUUCUUGUGGUGCUGCUGUUGUGUAAUUUUAUGGCUGCCUUGUCUAUGGAAUCACCCAACAUCACCACAGACCGAUUGGCUCUUCUUGCACUAAAAGCACACAUCACUCAGGACCCUCAAAACAUCUUGGCAACAAAUUGGUCAACUGCUACCUCUGUUUGCAACUGGGUUGGUGUCAGUUGUGGAUCCAGGAACCUCAGAGUCACUGCUCUGGACAUUUCUAGCCUAGGUCUAACCGGUACAAUCCCACCUCACUUGGGAAAUCUGUCUUUCCUCGCUUGGAUUGCCGUUGGAAACAACAACUUUCAUGGCUCAUUACCCGUUGAGUUGUCUCAUUUGCGUCGACUGAAGUUUAUAAACUUUGUUAACAACAGUUUCAGUGGGGAAAUCCCAUCUUGGUUUGGUUCUUUCACUCGACUUGAGAGAUUGUUUCUCUACGGUAACAACUUUGGGGGUGUUAUACCAUCCUCUCUGUGCAGUUUGUCUAGGUUAGAGGUAUUGGGCUUGUACUCAAACAAUCUGAAUGGCCAAAUCCCUGCAGAAAUCGGUAAUUUUGCUAGGUUGAAAUAUUUAUACUUGGAUCAUAAUCAGCUUUCAGGUGCCAUACCCUCCUCGAUUUUUAACAUAUCAUCAUUGGAAGAAAUUGAUCUUAGCAAUAACCAACUCUCUGGAGAGAUUCCUAGAGCAAUCGGGAAUCAUCCCAGAUUGAUAACAUUAGAUCUAGGUGAGAACCAGCUUUCAGGUUCCAUAUCUUCCUCAAUCUUCAACAUAUCUUCAUUGCAGCGAAUUGAUCUGGGAUCCAACCAGCUGUCUGGUUCCAUACAAACCAUACCAACCAUCCCACGCAACACAUCUUCCCUGAUAAGAAUUGGUUUGGACACUAACAAUCUCACAGAUUUAUCCUUGUCUUACAAUCAUUUGGAGGGUAGUAUACCUACAGAAAUUGGGAAUUUGACUAUGCUUAACGGUUUGUAUCUCGGGAAAAACAACUUGGAAGGUGAAAUUCCCUGGCAGCUCGGGAACCUAACUCUUCUUACAGACCUUGAUUGUGCGUCUAACAAGUUUACAGGUAGACUACCAAAUGAGAUUGGAAACCUGCAGCAUCUACAAAUCUUUAAUAUGGGACCCAACAAUUUCACUGGUUUCAUCCCUCCAUCAUUAUUUAAUAGCUCAACUUUGAGGGUCAUUUCUCUGGCGGUAAAUCGUCUCUCGGGCCAUCUUCCUUUCAGCUCUGAAUUCCGGCUUCCCAAACUUGAACAAAUACAUCUUGGAGGAAAUGAACUCAGUGGACCAAUCCCAAUCUCCAUCUGCAAUGCCUCUCAACUUACUCAUAUUGACUUGUCUAGUAAUUCAUUUUCGGGAUAUAUCCCAGACAGGCUUGGCAAUUUAAGAUAUUUACAGUGGCUCAAUCUACAGUAUAAUAAUUUAACUGCCACUGGAUCGAGCUUUCUCAUAUCUUUGACUAGUUGCAGAGAAUUAAAUACAUUGAAAUUCGAUGGAAACCCAUUGAUCAAUGGUAAAUUCCUGGCUUCAAUAGGAAAUCUCUCUGUUUCUCUUCAAGACUUCUCUGCUUCUGAUUGCAACAUUAAAGGUAGCAUUCCAGGGGAAAUUGGCAACUUGAACAACUUGAUAAGCUUACGCCUAGAAAACAAUGAGUUGACUGGAAAGGUUCCCACAACCAUUGGAAGAUUGAUAAAGCUGCAAAGUAUUUCACUCGGAUACAAUAAGUUACAAGGAUCCAUCCCAUCUGACUUCUGUCAACUAGAGAGUUUGUACUUGUUAUCUCUCACUGGUAACAAAUUGUCUGGACCGAUACCAGCAUGCUUGGGGGAUCUUGUUUCUCUAAGAUAUCUGCUUUUGGGCUCCAAUAGUUUUACUGGUUCAAUACCCUCAACCUUGACAAGGCUUCUAGAUAUCUUGCGGCUAAGCCUGUCUUCAAAUUCUCUAAACGGCUCUCUCCCAAUUGACAUUGGGAAUUUGAAGGCUGUGGCUAUAAUAAAUUUGUCACAGAACAGGUUAUCAGGUGAUAUCCCAACUAGCCUUGGGGAUCUAAAAGACCUCACAUCUCUCUCCUUAUCCGGUAAUAAAUUGGAUGGUUCUAUUCCGGAGUCCUUAGGAGAUAUGGUAAGCUUGGAAUUCUUGGAUUUGUCAAGAAAUAAUCUCUCUGGAAUGAUUCCAAUGUCCUUAGAGAAACUCUCCUACCGCAAAUACUUCAAUGUCUCUUUCAAUAGACUACAAGGAGAAAUUCCUAAUAAAGGACAGUUUACAAAUUAUUCAUUUCAAUCAUUUUUGGGGAAUGAAGGGUUGUGUGGUGCACCUCGAUUGCGAGUUAUGCCUUGCAAAAGCAAUCUUCCUCGACGAUCAAAGACCGCUACUAAGCUUAUGAAAUAUAUUCUACCAGCAAUUGCCGCAACAAUAUCAAUAGUAUCCUUGAUUGUCAUUUUUUCAAGAAGUAGAAAAAGAAAUGCAAAAUUGCCAACUGAUGAGGAAAAUUUGCAACCUUUAGCAGCAUGGAGAAGAAUUUCAUACCAAGAGCUUGCUCAAGCUACAGAUGGAUUUUGUGAAAGUAAGUUGCUAGGUAUAGGGAGUUUUGGCUCAGUCUAUCAAGGGACUCUUUCUGAUGGAACGAACGUUGCUGUGAAGGUCUUUAAUUUAGAUCUAGAAGGAGCCUUUGAAAGCUUUGAUGUUGAGUGCGAGGUGCUUCGCAACAUUCGCCAUCGAAAUUUGGUGAAAAUCAUUAGUUGUUGCAAUAUUGAUUUUAAAGCCUUGGUACUUGAAUUCAUACCCAAUGGAAGCCUUGAAAAGUGGCUGUAUUCUCACAACCAUUUUCUUAAUAUCUUACAAAGGUUGAGCAUAAUGAUAGAUGUUGCGUCUGCUUUAGAGUAUCUCCAUCAUGGUCAUACAACACCAGUGGUCCACUGUGACUUAAAGCCAAGCAAUGUCCUGCUAGAUGAAGACAUGGUUGCACAUUUGGGUGAUUUUGGUAUUGCAAAACUAUUAGCUGAAGAGAAUUCAAUGAUACAAACCAUGACACUGGCAACUAUUGGAUAUAUGGCACCAGAGUAUGGAUCGGAAGGAUUUGUCUCCACAAAUGGUGAUGUGUACAGCCUUGGCAUUCUCCUUAUGGAGACUUUUACAAGAAAGAAGCCUACAAACGAUAUGUUUGAAGGAAAAAUGAGCUUGAAAAGUUGGGUGCAAAAGUUGUUACCGUCUACAAUAAUUCAAGUCAUAGAUCCCAACUUGCUAAGUACUGGAAAUAGGGAAGACUACGCAAUAGAGGAGUGUGCAUUGUCCGUUUUGCAAUUAGCAUUGGAAUGUUCAGCAGAGUUACCAGAGGAAAGGGUUGACAUGAAAGAAGUUGUUGCCAAUCUGAAGAAAAUCAAAAUUAAAUUCUUAAGGAUGUCGAAUAGAUUUAAUUAAUAAUCAAAACACCACAUAAUUUGUCUUGUUUUCCAAAAAUAAGAAACAACAAUGUUCUCUAUUUAAAUAUAACAUUGUCUAAUCCAGUGAGUUAU